AUGGCUGACGUUCUCAUCAUCAGAGGAGCCAACGCGCUUCGCCAGCUCUCGUUCCGUCACGAUCUCAGGCGAUACCCGUCCCACACCAUCAGCGAGAUGGCAGAGCCAAGUAGCCUGCCACUCCCCAUACCGGGCUCCAAGUCCGACGACAACACCCUCACCGAUAGCGAUCCCGUCCUGACCCCGGACGAUGCCACUGCCUCGCCCUCUCUGAGCGCCUCGCCUACCGAUCAUGUCCCCGGCCCCGGAGACACCCCGACCUUGGAGCCCAUGAAGAGCCCGAGGAUGUCGAGGAAUCCCUCGUUUUCUGGCAGCUCCUCGUACCAGGAGGACUGGGAGGCGUUUCCCCCUCUAGACCGUCUGACCGUACUGGAUCUUCUCGACAACUUUGCCCUGCCGCAGCAGCUGGAGAAACUCCAGAAGGGCAUCUCGGCCCAGACCGAGAAGGUUCGCAAGUCGAGGGAGGCCUUAAAGUCCAGAAGUAAUCAUGCCAAGGAACGCAUGGUUGAGCAGUGGCGGCGACGCGUGCCCUCGGCCGAGGAGCAGCUAGACCGCUACCGAGCCCGCAUGCGCAAGAGCGUCGACAAGCUGGGCCGCCAGUGGAACGACACCAAGGUCAUCACGGCGCGCGAGAAGGUCUCGUUCAUCUGUGGUGUCAUGAACAUCUUCGUCAGUGGCUAUCUGAUCGGCGCGUGCCCCGAGUACUUUCACCUUUGGUACACGGCCCAGCUGGUCUACUUCAUGCCCAUCCGCUACUAUUCGUACCACCGCCGCGGCUACCACUACUUCCUGGCCGACCUCUGCUACUUUGUCAACCUGCUGCUCUUCUUCAGUCUGUGGGUCUUCCCCGGCUCCAAGCGUCUCUUCGUCGCCUCCUUCUGUCUCGCCUUCGGCAACAACGCCGUGGCCAUCAUCAUGUGGCGCAACUCGCUCGUCUUCCACAGCUUCGACAAGGUCACCUCGCUCUUCAUCCACAUCAUGCCGUGUGCGACGCUUCACUGCAUCACUCACUUGAUCACUGAGGAGCAGCAGAAGGAGCGCUUCCCCGCCCUCUGGACCGUCAAGACCUCGCCGCCCGGCUCGCCUACGGCCUACGCCAAUGUGAUUUCCAUGCUGGCCUGGUCCACCAUUCCCUACCUGUUCUGGCAACUUGCGUACUACUUCUUCAUCACAGUGCGCCGCCGUGAGAAGAUCGCCGCCGGCCGCCCGACCUCGUUCACCUGGUUGCGCAAGUCGUACUCCAAGGCCUGGAUUGGCAAGCUGGUGCUCUCGUUGCCGUCGUGGGCGCAGGAGCCAGCCUUCAUGAUGAUCCAGUACAGUUACGCCGUGCUCACAAUGCUGCCCUGCCCGCUCUGGUUCUACAGCCGCUGGGCCUCGGCCGCGUUUCUUAUGACCGUGUUCAUCUGGAGCGUCUACAACGGCUCGACGUACUAUAUCGACGUCUUCGGCAAGCGCUUCCAGAAGGAGCUCGAGACCAUGAAGGCCGAGGUGGCCAAGUGGCAGAACAGCCCCGAGCUCAUGCUGCACUCGCCGCUGAUGACCCCGGCCGACGAGAAGAAGGACAAGCUGCAGCCCAUCGACGCCGCGAGCGAGAUGCUGAGGCGCGAGGACAUUGCCGCUAAGGAGGGCAGCGUCAGGGUCUCUGAUCCGGCCAGCGGCCGGAAUAUGGACGUCGACUCGAUCCCGCUCCUGAACGACGAGGGGAGAUCCAAGGAUGGGACGUUGGCCGACCCGGCGGCCAACGUCAUAUCGACUGCCCUCGAUGCGGACCCGAGCGCUAGGGACGCUGCGAGGGCGAGAAAGCCUGCAGCGAACCAGGAAUAG